AUGGGAAAUUGUGGUUCGGUUCAUAAAACCCAAGACUCUUCCCCUAAGUCAAAACUCAAAUGCUCAAGCUUUUCCAGGACAGGAUGCAUCCUCACUGAACAGCCUAUUCAAGAAAACACAAUUCGUACCGUGAUGCCCGGUGCAAGCAGUUUACGAGAACUAAUAAAUGGCAAAGAGGAUAUGCAAUUUUCUUCUGACCCCAGGUUAGAAUCUGAUUGUGAAGAUUUCUUCAGUGUCAAUGGUGAUCUUACCCCAUCUAGCACCAAAACUCCAAUCCACCAAAGCAGCCCCAUAAAAUCCCCUGCAACUGAUGUGAAAAAGCAACUGAUUGAAUUGUUUCAUGAAAGCUUCAAUGAUGAGGCUGGCCAUCAAGAUUUACAUUAUGAGUCGGAAGCAGAAUCUUCUAUUUUUCACCUGCCACAAAAUUCAGCAAACAAAACCCCAUAUGAAUCUGUAGCAGAUAUAGUUUUCAGAAGCGUGGCGAUUUCAAACACAAAUUCCGAACCCAGGACAAGAAAAAAUACACAGUUUGCACAAUGCUGCCUGCCAAAGUUGGUGCGGAGCCUAAGCUUCAGUGAGAGGAAGAAACGCUGA